UAAUAUAUAUAUAUAUAUAAUGAAUCAAGGUCUCUGUCAUACAAUUGUGCAAAUAUUUCGUGUUAUCUCUGCUGGGUGGAACAUAUAUAUAUGCAUUCAGCGUUCAACGGAUUAUCGUGAUAUUUUUUUCAUUCAUGAUAUGAAUCACAUCAUUUUUUAUAUGCAAAAGAGAAUCUCUCUUUAACAUGUAACUCUUUGCUUGGGAGGAAUAGAUAACGAGAGAUGGAGGGAGAUAAAAUAUUGCGAAUGCAUGCACAACGUUGAAUAUUCGAAAAAACAGGCCUCUGUUGGAAGCAUUUUGCCAUUUAUGUGAGAAAAGUUAUGUUAAUUAAUACAUUGAACCAACAAAUUUAAUUAUAUCAAGAACAAUCUACUUGUACAUUUAAUUUGACAUACCAUCAAUAUUAUGGCUCUCCAACAGUCAGUAAAUACAGGCAAUAGCAAUUUGGAUACCAAGAUCAUUGAAUGGCUGCAAUGGAAUAAGGAUCCGAAGGCAAAAGAUGAGAUAAAUGAAUACUUAAAUAAUGGGCAAAUUAAAAUAUUAUCAAAAUUAUUCCUCAAAAGACUUGAGUUUGGAACUGCAGGUCUUAGAGGUCGUAUGGGACCUGGUUAUAGUCAAAUGAAUGAUUUAGUCAUUGUGCAGACCGGUCAAGGAUUAAUGAAAUAUUUAAUAGAUACCAUAUUUGAUGUAUCAUUGAAAGGUGUCGUUAUAGGAUACGAUGGGCGUUAUAAUAGUAAAAGAUUUGCUGAAUUAACUACUGCAAUUUUUAUAGCCAAUGGUAUUAAAGUUUAUUUGUUUUCCGAAAUAUGUCCUACACCAUUUAUACCUUAUGCCAUAUUGAGAUACAAAUGUGCAGCUGGGAUCAUGGUGACUGCGUCUCAUAAUCCAAAGGAUGACAAUGGAUAUAAAGUCUAUUGGCAAAAUGGAGCACAGAUUAUUUCACCUCAUGAUAAAAAAAUUCAAAAUUACAUUCUUAAUAAUCUUGAACCACUUGAAUCCUCGUGGAAUGUGAGUGAAAUCUAUAAUAGCUCUUACUACAAAGAUCCAAGAGAAGAUAUUAUGCGAUUUUAUUAUCGAGAUCUAAAGGAUACAGUCCUAUAUCCUGAAGUUAACAGAAAUACCACAUUGAAAUUUACGUACACUGCUAUGCAUGGUGUUGGAUAUGAAUAUAUGACUGCUGCAUUUGAGGCAGCAAACUUGAAGCCAUUUAUAACUGUAGAGGAACAGAAAUUGCCAGAUCCAGAAUUUUCAACAGUGAAAUUUCCGAAUCCAGAAGAAGGAAAAAGUGCUCUCGAUCUUAGUAUAAAAUUAGCAAAUAAAAGCGAUUCGUCUGUAAUACUCGCUAAUGAUCCAGAUGCAGACAGACUUGCAUGUGCAACGAAAACAAAAAGUGGAGAAUGGCAUGUCUUCUCUGGAAAUGAACUUGGUGCAUUAUUGGGUUGGUGGAUGAUGCACACUUAUCAAGUUUUACACCCUGAUGUUGAUAUGAAUGAUGCAUAUAUGUUAGCAUCAACUGUUUCCAGCAAAAUUCUAGCUUCAAUGGCCAAAAAAGAAGGUUUUAAUUUUGAGGAAACUUUAACAGGUUUCAAAUGGAUGGGUAACAAAGCUAUUGAGUUAAUGAAGAAAAAUAAGGAUAUCUUAUUUGCGUAUGAAGAAGCUAUAGGUUUUAUGUGUGGUUCCAAGGUCCUAGAUAAAGAUGGAAUUAGCGCUGGAGUACGCGUAGCUGAACUAGCAGCUUAUCUUGAAACAAUAAAGUUAACUUUACCAGAUAAAUUGCAGGAAAUAUAUCAAGAGUAUGGUCAUCAUAUCAGUGACAAUUCUUAUUGGAUAUGUUACGAUUCGGACGUUAUUAAAGCGAUAUUUGAACGGCUGAGGAAUUUUUCUAGCAAACUAGAUACAUAUCCAACCGGAAUUCUGGGAGGAAAAUAUAUAAUAACCAGUGUUCGGGAUUUGACAACAGGAUAUGACAGUACAAAACCUGAUAAUAAAGCAGUUCUUCCUGUAUCAAAAUCUAGCCAAAUGAUUACAUUUACAUUUAAAAAUGGAUUAGUCACCACUUUAAGAACUAGCGGUACAGAGCCUAAAAUAAAAUAUUACAAUGAAUUAUGUGGAUCACCUGGAGAAGACUUAACUAAACUGAAGAGUACACUCAAGGAGAUGGUAUCAGCUAUUGUAAUAGAAUUUCUUCAACCAGAAAUUAAUGGACUUAUUGCGCGUGAAGAAUAAAUUAUGAUAAUAACUGUUUGUACUAUGUACGUAUUAUAUAAAAGAUUCAUCUAACUGUUUAAAAUUCAAUGUCAAAAUAGGUCAUGUAACUUAUUUUAUGAAUACUAUGCUGUAAAAUUGCUUCAAAUAUUCAACA